CACGAUACUUAAUUCAUACAGCAAUGAUUUCAGCAUAAUACAGAUAUAAAUUUUCGAAACAACUAAGAUACGAAUACAAAAUACAGCCAUGCGUGUGGUAAACAUUUUUAUGGAUGUGGUACGUCGAGUGCGUCUAAAGUUAACCAUGCCAAAGGCGCUCAACGAGGGCAGCUUGAAGAAUCUCAGCCCCAGCUCGGAGCUCGAAGCACCAAAAAUCCCCAGCACAGGCGCAAGCGGAUCUGCCAUUCCACCACGUGAAUGGCUGUGGACGAAGCGCACAAAGAUCGAUAUGGAAUUCGAUAAGCUCUCCUCGUUGCCGGAACAGCAGCAGAAUGCCAUUUUCUGGCAGAACAUCAAGCGGGUGCUGCUGAUCUGCGGCGGUCAGGAGAAGCCAGGCGAAAUGGAGGAUAAAUACGUAAUGGAGGCCUCUGGCAAAAUGGUCAGCGUAAUGGAGGCUCAGCGUUUCGUUAAAGAUGUCUUUGCCGCCAUGGAUGUGCCCCUGGACUCGGCCACGGAUAUGGCCGAUUCAUUGAUUGCAGCCGACUACAUGGGCCACCGCAGCAUGGGCAUCCAUCGGCUGCCCUCGAUUGCUGCCGAUCUACUCAACUCGACGGUAACGGCGAGUGCCAUACCCGAGAUUAUUAAAGAGAAACAGUCCGUUGCUUUGGUGGAUGGCCGCAAUGCACCCGGUCCGGUGGUGGGCAAAUUCUGUAUGGAUCUGGCGCUGCGAAAGGCUCGCACGGUGGGCAUUGGCUGGGUGGCCGCUCGACAUUCCAACUGCAUUGGCAUGGCCUCGUGGUAUGCCUGGCGGGCCAUGGAUCAGCGUAUGAUUGGUGUCUGCAUGUCGAAUGCAGCACCGACUCUAGUGCCCGCCGGCGGCAUCGAGGCGGUCCUUGGCGAGAACCCCAUCGCCUGUGCUGCCUCCGGGGCGAAAGAGCAAUUCGUUGCGGACUUUGGCAUGUCCGCCUGUUCGGUGGCGGAUCUGGAGCUCUCCUACUGCAAUGGCAAUGCCCAGCAACUGCCGGAGCUGGCGGCCCUGGACAGCUACGGCAAAGAGACAACAUCCACGGCGGAGGCUUUGCGCUCCCAGCGCCUGCGGGCCUUUCAGCCGGAGUACAAGGGAUUUGGCUUAGCUGCCAUGGUGGACGUCAUGUGUGGGGUGAUGUCAGGCGCCCGCUAUGCCACACGACUGCAACAGCGCGGUGUCUACAAUGCGGACAAUGCACCAGCGAACUUGGGGCAGGUGUUUAUUGCCAUCGAUCCGAUGCGUUUCUGUGCAUCGUUUGAGGAUCGUCUCAUCGACUUUCAUCGUCUGCUGCGUGAAGCGACGCCCUGCCAGCAGGGUCUGCCGCCUCUGGUGCCUGGCGACAAGGAAAUCUCACAUAUGCAGUCAGUGGACGAUCAGGGUGGUCUCUUUAUGUCGCCCUGUACCUUGGCGGUUCUUAAGGAAUUGGCCGAAAAAUUGGAUAUCACACCGCUGCAGAUGGAGGCAGUCAACAAACGCGAAUAGGUUCCCAUUUUAAAGAUGCUUUUUUUGUAAUUUGCCCGAAGCCAAAAAAGCCAAAAGUUUCAGCAUUUCAAA